AUGAGAGAGGGACAAGCCCUCGAAGCCAUUAACGUUGCCCCCGACAGCAUCUGGGGCGAUGAAGACGAAACCAUUGUCUAUGCCCAAGUGCUUGGAAAAGGAAAGGCAAUCAUUUUCCGUUUCCAGCGGAGCCAUGACAGCUUGCCUGAGUCAUUGCCAAGCCGGAUUGUCUGCUGCUAUCAUGACCUCGAGGUGUCGGAUGUGGAAUUCACUUUCCAGGAUCGCAGCUCAAUGCGAAGUGCUUUAUGGUCUGCCAUAGCCACGGUUUGGCCUGAUUGCAUCAAGGAUCCCGCGAUUAUCCAGGAGAUUGUCGGGAGAGCUUACCAGGAACCACUCUUUGAUCAAUAUCUCGCCCUCCUCCAUGAUACCCAGCCAAGCGAUCUAGUUGGCGAGGGUCAUUCUCCUCGUAUUUUUGACAUCUCCGAGAUUGUCCUCCUCGAGACAUUGGGUGGCAGAGGCUGCUCCAAGCGGGUGCAGUUUAAAGAUGCAAGGAAGCCAUCACCCCUUGUCUUCAAAGGAAUUGAUUUUCAAACAUACCUGCUACUUCACGAUGACGACGACGAAUUUGCUCGCACCACGGUCGAUGUUUGGAGACGCUCUACCAAAUUAGUCGCCAACAUGCCACGCCAUCCAAACAUCCAAUCGCCACCACGGUACCUGGUAUCGGUGCGCGACUCCAAUCAGAACCCUGUGCUUGUUGGUCAUCUAUCGACCUACUUCGCUGGAGGUGACCUUGGUAACGCAAUUGAAUCAGCCAAUGCAAGAAAAUCGCAAAUCCCCUUGAAGCAAAAAGCUAAAUGGUGUCAUCAAAUGUGCCUGGCAAUAACGCACACCCACUGGGUCGCGCAUACUUACCACAUGGAUAUAAAGCCUGGGAAUUUUGUUAUUGACGACCAAGAGAACCUGAUCUUCAUUGACUGGGAGCAAAGCGGUGCACCAGCAACCACGCUCGCCCCCGAGGCAGACGGGACUUGGGACGUGGAAGAACAAGAUAUGAAUGAGAACGGAUCGAUGAAGCUGGUCUACACCAAAUAUACGGGCCCAGAACGUCGGAAUAUGCCGGAAGGCAGUGGAAGGGAGAGCUUCAAUAUUUGGAACGUCUUCCCAGAGUGGCACGCGAGUUGCCCCAGAGCUGUUGAGUUGGCCGAAGUGUUUGCAUUAGGGAGGACCAUGUGGAUGCUUCUGAGCCAGACAGCCAACAACUUUGACGAGGUUGAGCACCCGAAUGAUGUUCAGGUCAAUUGGGCAGGCAAAACCGAUCCUCCAUCCCACUGGGUUGAGCUCGUGGGAAAUUGCAUGAAGGUCGAUCCAAACGAUCGUCCAUCGUUGGACGACCUACAAGCCUCUUCUGGGUUUGAGGCUGCGCGACUCAAUCCAGGUAGACCAAAUCGGUGCUUAUGUCUUUGGAAUAAGGGGUUAAAUGCCAAGUUUAGGCCUAUAAAUGAGUUGAUGCCAUAA